AGCGGGGCGAUUGCAACUCAAGCUAAAGGGAGAGGAGGCUGAAACUGCAAGGAGGUAGAGAAAGCCCUAGGGAGAGAGAAGCGAAAGGAAUUUCUGAUGCCUCCUAACUUCAAAUUUAUUAAAGCUGUGACGUUUGUGGAGACAGAUGCCAUCUUUCCUGUCCUAUGAAGUAUGUGAUCAGAAGUAAUAUUUGGCCUCUGUGUGCUCUGAACCUGUGAAAUCUACAAGGUCUCAGAGCACAAUUCUAAGCUAGCAAAGUAAGCCCGGAAUACAAUGAACAAAUUGAACUUCCAUAAUAAUAGAGUCAUGCAAGACCGCAGAAGUGUUUGCAUUUUUCUACCCAAUGAUAAAUCUCUGAAUAUCAUCAUAAAUGUUAAAGUACUGUGUCAUCAGUUACUUGUCCAGGUGUGUGAUUUGUUAAGGCUAAAAGAUUGCCAUCUCUUUGGACUCAGUGUCAUACAGAAUAAUGAACAUAUUUACAUGGAGUUAUCACAGAAACUUUAUAAAUAUUGUCCAAAAGAAUGGAAGAAGGAAGCCAGCAAGGGGAUUGACCAGUUUGGUCCUCCAAUGAUCAUUCACUUUCGGGUACAAUAUUAUGUGGAAAAUGGCAGGUUAAUAAGUGAUAGAAUAGCAAGAUAUUAUUAUUAUUGGCACUUGAGAAAACAAGUUCUUCACUCCCACUGUAUGCUUCAAGAGGAGGCCUACUUCUUGCUGGCUGCUUUUGCAUUGCAGGCUGAUCUUGGAAACUUCAAAAGGAAUAAACACUGUGGGAAAUAUUUUGAGCCAGAGGCUUAUUUCCCAUCUUGGGUUAUUACAAAGCGAGGGAAGGAUUACAUCCUAAAACACAUUCCAAACAUGCACAAAGAUCAGUUUGCACUAACUGCCUCUGAGGCACAUCUUAAAUAUAUUAAAGAGGCUAUCCGACUUGAUGACAUCGCUGUUCAUUACUACAGAUUGUAUAAGGAUAAACGGGAAAUUGAAGCGUCAUUAACUCUUGGGCUAACCACACGAGGAAUACAGAUCUUUCAGAAUAUCAAUGAGGAAAAACAGUUACUUUAUGACUUCCCUUGGACAAAUGUUGGAAAACUAGUAUUUGUUGGUAAGAAAUUUGAGAUUUUGCCAGAUGGAUUGCCAUCAGCCAGAAAGCUCAUAUACUAUACUGGAUGCCCCAUGCGUUCCAGACACCUCUUAGAGUUACUCAGCAAUAGUCAUCGUCUCUACAUGAACCUACAACCUGUUCUCCGUCAUAUUAGGAAGCUUGAAGAGAAUGAAGAAAAGAAGCAGUAUCGAGAGUCAUACAUCAGUGACAACUUAGACCUCGACAUGGAUCACUUGGAGAAAAGAUCCCAGGCAAGCGGGAGCAGUACUGGCAGCAUGAAGCAUAAGCGCUUCUCUCACCAUUCCGCCACCAGCCACAACAGCUCCCAAACAUCGGGCAUUGAGACUGACACUAAAAUUAGGGACACAGGGCCAGAAGACAGCUUCUUAGGCAGUGCUAUCUAUUACAGACUAAAAACCUGCAGCUCCAUGAUCAGUCAUGACAGUUCCCACACCUCUGGGGUGGAAAGUGGUGGGAAGGACAGGCUGGAGGAAGACUCACAGGAUGAUGAAAUAGAAAUGCUAGUUGAUGACCCCAGAGACUUAGAACAAAUAAAUGAAGAGGCUGUAGAUGUCAACCCAGAUAUGUGUAUCUAUAUCACUGAAGACAUGCUGAUGUCACAGAAGCUUAAUGGUUAUUCAGGACUAAUUGUAAAGGAAAUCAAUUCUUCCACAUCUAGCUCUUCAGAAACAGUAGUGAAACUGCAUGGCCAAAGCACCGAUUCUCUCCCACAGGCUAUCUGUCGAAAACCAAAGACUUCUACUGAUCGACAUAGCUUGAGUCUGGAUGAUAUCAGACUUUACCAAAAAGACUUUUUGCAGAUAGCAGGUCUGUGUCAGGACACUGCUCAGAGUUACACUUUCGGAUGUGGUCAUGAAUUAGAUGAAGACAACCUCUAUUGUAAUAACUGUUUGGCUCAGCAAUGUAUUAACAUCCAAGACACUUUCCCAGUCAAAAGAACAAGCAAAUAUUUCUCUUUGGAUCUCACCCAUGAUGAAAUACCAGAAUUUGUGGUUUAAAACAACAGGAAUACAGCAAAAAUGCUGCUUCAAAAGAGAUUAUUCAAAUUGAUUCUUCUUGUUUUAAGUGUUGUUAGGCCAUAUUUCUCCUGCUUACUUUCUCAUACAUUCCCUCCCAUCCCCACUCUUUCCCACUGUAUAUAAUUUUCUUCCUAAUAAUAUAAAUGCAUAUCAAACUUUGUAAAGAUUGCACUUUAAGUACUUCCCACUCAACAGUUCAUGGCAGCCACAAAAUUGUGCAGUAUGCAUGAGAUCCUUGCAGUUUGCACCGCUCAGCUAGAAAGAAACUCUGCCUUUUUUAUUAAACACAGGAGUGAUUCUAAGAAGACAAAGAUCUGUAAAUAUUACAGAUAUUUGUAUCCAAAAGACACAAAUUAAAUAAUAUUUAGUGGCCUUUGGGAUAUAUAGUUAUGUCUUAUGAAACAAAUUGCAUUAGAUAUAUAAUGAUAGCUCUCCAAAAAUAUUCCAGAACUGAUUUAAGAACUUAUUCAAAAAAUAAGACUUUUGCUCAAAUCCUAACAUGUUUAUGAUGUUUACAAAUCAAAUUUCUGUUUUAAAAAAUUGGGGGGGAAAUCUAAAAUAUAUGUUUCUUAUUUGUUAAAUGAACAAUGACAGGUCAUUCUGAUGCCAUAAUGUUUGUUCAAAUUAUUUUUAAAAUAUGCAUAUGUUAUACAUAUAUAAAUAUAUAGGUUUGUGUGUGUUUAUGUGUGCAUGGAGCUUACAGAUUUUUUUCACUUAGCACAUAUACUCAGCAUUUGCCUUUUUUUGUAUUAUUACUUAGAAACAAUAAGUUUUCUAAGCUCUAACUUAGGCAGUUUGGGAUGAUGAGGUUGCACAAGCACAAUUUUUUUGUUAUUCUUUUUCAUAUAGAAAGCUAUUUUCAUGUAUUUUUUUAAAUAACUUACCAUGGAAAAAACCUAUAAUUAUUCUUAUCAUAUUAGCCCAGAGCAAAUUUCAAAACUUAUCACUAAGCCUUAUCAUGAGAAAGUAAAAGCAAGUCAAUACAGUUAUGAACUUGUCUUUUUCAAGUAAGUUGAAUAUAUUGCCAAAACAAUGGCAAAGACAUUCACAGCACAAUGCCUUUUUAUCAAGAUAUUUUUAAAUUAAUAGCUUAAUAUUCUGCAGCCCUGUUUUACCAUAUUUUUAUAUGCCAUUUUUUUCUAUCAAGCAUAUUUUCUUUAAAAAAUGCAUUUAUCUAUAUUCAAAUAUAUAAUUUUAUAUAGAAGUGUGAUAUUUUUAUAUAAAUGAUGUAAGAUGAAAAGUAGACUUGGAAGAUAGCAAAACUUACUUGAUAUGCAUGGGAAGCAGUAUUACAGAACAUUAUCUGGAAGUACUCCAGCAUUGUUUACUUCAUGUAUUUGUGAUCCUGAGGUUUUACAGAGGUGGCCAAUUUAUAUAUAGUUUGCAUACUUGUCAGAUUAUUUUAAUUGACAGCUUAAAAGUGGAAUAUACUCUGUAGUCAUGAAAAUAUUUGCUCUUAUUCAAAUGCAUUAAUUAACCCUUUGGUUUCAGAUAUCUAAAUGUGUAAAAGUAUCUGAUCUUCUGUUCUCAAGUGGCAGUGUGCAAUAUGAAUUUUCAUAUGUCAUUAAACAAUUUAUUUUUCCAUAAAAAAGGCUUAUGAAAUAAACAUGGCAAAGCCAGAGUUUACAUCUGAUAUUUGUUCAAACAUGUAGGAAAAAAUAUAACUAGUGAUAAAAAGAGUAGCUUAUGCUUUGCAUUAUCUAACCUUUGAUUGAAAUCAAGUAUUUAAAUAUGUUUCCAACUUCAUUGUUUAUUUGGCUCAACUGCUUUCCAAUUGACUUUACAAGUGGUUUUCUUAUGCUUAUGGUAAUCAUGACACAAAGAAUAACUUUUGUUUGUUAUUUCUUCAUUGUUGGCAAACACCACUGUUACAAAGAAAGAUGGCAUAUAGAAAAUCCAACUUGAAUAUUCUGUAUUUUUUACAUUUGAAAAUUGUGAUUUAUAAAGUAUAAAACUGUUAUUUAUACUGCAUCUGAUUUUUUCUCAAACUCAUAAUUAGUCAGUAUACAGAUUAGAUUUAUAUUGCCUUUUUGUAUGGACAGCAUAUGUUGAAAACAAUGAACUUUAUACCUAAUCAAGUUGCAAAUAAUCCUUUCUGUGAAAGGAUCAUCUUACCAAGAUGAUACCAUAAUUGAAUUAUUUUGUAAAAAGUUUGUUGUGUGCCUUUCAUGAUAUUAUUAGAAAUUCAAUAAAAAUUAUGUUUGCAUUUAAAA